AUGUUGCGAAAUAUAGUACAAUUAUCACUUAAAUCGAUUCACGACGUGAAGUUUUUAAGAACAGUCAAUUUAAGAUCAACAAUUAGAUGCAAAUAUAGUACUAAAUGGAUUAGUCGAAGACCUGUUGCUAUUGUUAAUAAACAUGAACUUUUGGAUAUUGAUAAUACAAUCAAAACUGAUGAGCAAAGAACUCGUAAAACACAUAGAAGGAAAUCAAGAAUCAAUACAAAUGAAAAGGAAAAAGAAGAGAAACAAAAGGAAAAUAAAAUUGAAGGAAGUACUACAGAACCAAAAUAUAUAGCCCUUGAUGCAGAUGAUAAACUCAUAAGUUCAUUAAUGAUAGAUGUUAAGACAAAAAAGAGGAGAGAAAAGAAUCGUCAAAUGCUAUUAGAAGGCUUUCGAUUAAUUGAAGAUGCAAUUCAGGCAGGGAUAAUACCAAAAGUAAUAUUUUUUAACAGAUUAUCCGACAUACUGUCACUGUCACUUCCAAAGGAAGUUAAACUAUAUAAAAUCCCAUAUCGUACAAUUCAGUUGUGGUCUAAUUUAACAACUUCUCCAGGAAUAAUUGGAAUUUUUGAAAUCCCAGAUGCAGAAACUAAGGAACCUGCUGAGAAUGCUAUACCUUUGACUAUUAUCUGUGACAAUAUAAGAGAACCAGGAAAUUUGGGAACUAUUGUAAGAGCAGCUGCUGCUGCUGGUUGUGAAAAAUUAUUAUUAAUGAAAGGAUGUGUGGAUUUAUGGGAGCCUAAAGUUUUGCGCAGUGCUAUAGGUGCACAUUUUCGAUUACCAAUAUUUACAUCUAUUUCAUGGAAUGAAAUUCCAACGUUAAUAAGUGAUGAAUCUGUAAUUUUUCUAGCGGACAACAAUGUAGCAUAUGAAAAUUAUUCAACAGAUGUUACAAUGAAUUUAGACUCUAAUGAAGAUUCUUUUACUGAAGUUAAUGAUAAUUGUGUGAAACAAGAUAAUUUAGAUAUGCAUAAUGAUCAAAAUAAAGAUAAUAUGAUAGAUCAAUUAAUUGGUCAAACUAAACCAUAUAAAUCAACUGCAAAAACUAAAUUGUUAGUAAAACAGUUAAUAUCUCAACUUCCAGUUAAACCGUAUUAUGCAUUAAAUUUUACAGAAAAAGAAGUAGUACUUGUUAUUGGUGGAGAAACUGAAGGUGUAAGUCUAGAAUCAUGUAAAUUAUUACAUUCAAGAAAUUGCAUUCGUGUUAAUAUACCACUGACUAAUGGUGUUGACAGCUUAAAUGUUGGUGUAGCUGUUGGUAUUGUUACAUUUGAAAUGAAAAGACAAUUUGUAACUUGUAAAAUUGACAAUGAAUAAAAUUAUUUUUAAACGUG